AACAAUCUGCUCAAGAUGCGCGCAUUCAUCGUCCUGUGUUUGGUGGCAGUCACCUGCGCCGAUAAGCUCGGCUACAACUACCAGCCCGUGGGCCACUCCAGCUCCGGACUGUCCUUUGCUCCUGGCAGUGGCUCCAUCAGUGGUGGAUCCAUUGGCGGCGGCUCCAUUGGCGGCGGCUCCAUUGGCGGCGGCUCCAUUGGAGGAGGCUCCAUUGGAGGAGGCUCCAUUGGAGGCGGCUUCAUUGGUGGUGGCUCUAUCGGAGGAGGAAGCAUCGGAGGUGGUUCCAUCGGUGGUGGCUCCAUUGAUUCCGGCCUCGGCGGACUCGGUGGACUAGGAGGUGGCGACGCUCUGGCCGCUCCCGUCUCCUACAACGCCCCCGCUCCCUCUGCUGAACUCGAAAAGGAGUUCUUCACCUUCACCGCCAACGAGCAGGACUUCGAUGAGCCCCAAGAGCUGGAGCGCGUUGCUGGAUCCGUGAACAAGGGACUGCGCGUUGUCUUCAUCAAGGGACCCGAGAACCGUGGUCUGGAGAACGCUGCUCUGGCUCUGGCCAAGCAGGCUGCCCAGCAGGAGACCGCCAUCUAUGUCCUGAACAAGCAGGCCGACAUUGGAGAUCUGGCCAGCAAGUUGAACGCCAUCCGCAACAACAACAACAACAAGCCCGAGGUGCACUUCGUCAAGUACCGCACUCCCGAGGAUGCUGCCAACGCCCAGCGCGCCAUCCAGUCGCAGUACGAUCAGUUGGGUGGAUCCUCUCAGGCUCAUGAUGGUGGUGUUGCCCCCGCCCUGAACUUCGCCUCCGCUGGUCCCGUCCAGAAGGCCAAUGCUCAGAUCCCUGAGAACUCGUACCUGCCCACUUCGGUGUUCCGUCGUCUGCGUUUCUAA